GUUAGAAAAACAACUUUCUUCUUCUCCGGAUCAUCUUCAAAUCUCAACAGAGGGACCCUAUGGACCUUCAUCAUCUCAUUUCUUAAGUCGAGAGUGCCUAGUGAUGGUCAGUGGAGGAAGCGGAAUUACUCCCAUGAUUUCCAUAAUCCGAGAGCUCAUUUACAGAAGCACACAACCCAACACCAAAGUACCAAAGCUGAUCCUAAUUUCAGCUUUCAAGGACACAGCUGAUCUCACAAUGCUAGACCUCUUGCUUCCUCUCUCCACCACUCCUGCUGAUAUUUCCAAAUUAGAUUUGCAAAUCGAAGCUUAUAUUACUAGAGAAAAUGGACAAGAACAUAACAUUGAAAGUGCCCAUCCCAAGCAACUCAUCCAGACAAUAGUGUUCAAACAUAAUCCAAAUGACUCCGCCAUUUCUGCAGCCCUUGGCCCAAGAAGUUGGCUAUGGCUCGGCGCGAUAAUUUCGUCCUCUUUUAUCAUGUUUCUCCUUUUGUUAGGCAUUGUCACACGUUACUCCAUAUACCCAAUUGAGC